AUGGUAAAGUUUUCAGGUAAUAUAGUGAGUGAAGAUGGAAUUCAAGUAGAUCCAGAAAAGAUUGAAGCAGUACAAGAUAUUCUAGAAAAGAUUCAUGCUGGCCAUCAAGGCAUCCGUAAGUGUCGUGAAAGAGCAAGAGAAUCUGUUUGGUGGCCUGGACUAAGUAAGCACAUUGAAAACAUGGUUACUGAUUGUUCCAUUUGUUGUAAAUACAGAGAAAAUCCUGCAGAGCCGUUACUAACAACGUGUUUUCCUCAACGACCGUGGCAGAAAGUUGCUACAGACUUGUUUGAACAUAGCGGAAAAAAUUAUGUGCUUGUAGUAGAUUAUUAUUCGAGAUAUUUUGAAAUUGCUCCUUUGAAAAAAAGCACAACUGCAGAAGAUGUUAUCAAUCAUAUGAAAUCCAUAUUUUCUCGUCAUGUUAUACCAGAAACAGUUGUGUCGGAUAAUGGUCCACAGUAUGCUGCAGCUAUUUUUAUUAAAUUUGCUGAAGAAUGGGAUAUUUACACAUUUAACAAGUAG